GUUUACGAUUUUUCGGUUGUGCCACGUUAGCCUAUCUCGUACAGGCGUUUACGCUUAUUAAUCUGAGGAAGUGGUUAUCUAAACUGUAUUUUAGUAGUUAAUCUGUAUUUAUGUAGUUCUUAAUUACAUAUCCGCAUAAGAUAUGGAUUUAUUAUAUUACGUGUUACUUGCUGUAGUUUUUCUUGCAACAUUUGCUGAUGGCAUUAUGUUUAAUUUGCCUCCUAACACACUGAAGUGUUUGCGUGAGGAAAUUCACAAAGAUGUACUUGUAUCUGGUGAAUAUGAAGUUUCUGAAGCACCAGGACAACAUACGAAUCUACAUGUAGCUGAUUCCAGAGGUCACACGCUCUAUCAUAAAGAUGAUGCCACACAGGGAAAGUUUGCCUUCACAACGGAUGAUUAUGAAGUCUACGAAGUUUGCUUUGAAACCAAACUAGCAGCUGGUCAGCAAGGUCCUGCACGGGAGAUUACACUCAAUGUCAAGCAUGGAGUAGAAGCCAGAAACUAUGAAAAUGUAGCAAAGGCAGAGAAAUUAAAGCCAUUAGAAGUUGAACUGAAGCGACUGGAAGAUCUUUCAGAAGAUAUCGUUAAUUCAUUUGCCUACAUGAGAAAGAGAGAAGAAGAGAUGAGAAAUACUAAUGAAUCUACAAACUCGAGAGUGCUGUACUUUAGCAUCUUCUCCAUGUGCUGCCUGCUAGCGCUAGCCACAUGGCAGGUGUUCUACCUCAGGCGCUACUUCAAGGCCAAGAAGCUGAUUGAGUAGAGAAUUGAAGAAGCAGCACAGCAGGACACCCAACACUCGCUGGUUUCUCGCUGCAUAUCUCACUUCGGCAUACACACCUAAUGCACUCUUGGGAUAAUAGAGUUUGGAAUUAUUGGGAAAGAGAAGGGGUGGAGGUUACUCCUGUUCUGUUGGCUUUCCAAUAUACUGCCUUGUGGAGAUAUGCCAAAGGUUGCACCCCAUUUGGUUGUUUCUGUAACAGUUUAAUCUUUCAUUUUUAUCGUAGAGAAGGAUCUGAUAAAGGCUCAGAAACUACACAGAAUGUGGUGCACAUGUCAAGUAGAAUUUGUCGAGGUGACUAAACUUUAAGGUGCAUUGACAAAUGUAGCAGCUGGGGGUGGAUGGGCUAAGUCUACAUUUCUCCUGUUAUUUAGCGCACUGCAUAAAUUUUCGGAACUGAUAUUGUAUUUUUUUUUGAAGAACCUGUUGUAAUUACACAGUAGCUUUCUUGGAAAAAAUAAGUUCAUCUGGUUACCAUUUAUGUCUGUGUAUGUGUGCGUGUGUGCGCGCAAUGUGUGCGAGUGCAUGUGCGUGUGCGCACUUACACAUGCAUUGGAUGUGUACGUGUGCGCCUAUCCUCGGAAUAUUGACAUAUUUACACAACUUUUAUGGAUAUCUGUAGUUUCAUCUGCAUCUUUACUGUAAUAACUCAUUGUAACGAAUCAUUGUAACAGGGCUGCCAACAUUGGGUGAUAGGUGAGAGUGAGAUGCAAGGGAGCGAAGCGACCGAGCGGGGGUGGGCGUG